AUGACGUGCUGGAGAUCCCAAUGUCUUCAAUCCGUACGGAGUCUCAUGCAGCCGAACUGCAGGCGGCGGAUUCUGACAUUUCAGGCGUCCAGCUUCCCAGAGAUCUUCAACAGAAGCCCCAGCGUCACGGACGCAGCCUUUGCCGGAGAUCCACUCUGCCGGCUAGAUGCAUCAAGACGAGGGAGAGUUGUCCAGAGGGUUCUGCAAGAAAGCCGUCAAAUAUUCUCGCCGUCGGUAUCAGGCGAACACACAGAACUGCCGCAUGGGCUCUGUGUAAAUGGACAAAGACGGGGGAGGCAUCAACGCGAGUUUGAUUGGUUAGUCAAGGGAAGGCGCGUGGAGUGUAAAAGCACCCGUCUUGCCUGGCAGAAUUCGCAACGAUUCUGGAGGGCCAAAUGGCAGGCCAUUAAGUUUGCCUCUGUGACCAGUGGAAGGAAGUGUCCGUUCGAUGAUUUGAUUUUGGUGCUGCAUACACCAUUCAGACUUGAUAUCAUGCUGCACGACCUGAGAGCUGGUAUUUCCCACCGUGGUCUGGCCACGGCAGCCUUGGGACAAGAUGUCUGCUGCGGAGCCAGCGUGGGAACGCUUGAUGUCGAGGCAGCUCGGCAGCAAAUCGUUAAUAAACUAUCUCUUUUCCCCAAUGCCUGCCGCCACAUUGCAUCCUGGAGAACUGAUGCAGAUCCCGUAAGAUGUGCUGUCGAGGAAGAGCUUGUCCAAACCAGCUAUUUGCGUUCAUGGGACUCUUACGAGACUGCCCCCUUCGCAGAAUUAUCCGGGCCUUCGCGUGGCUUCCGGCUGCAUGAGUUAGCCUACAAGAUUGACCAGAUGCUGCAUCCAAAAAGCAUUUUCACCGUCGGUGCAGGAGCGGACGCGUUGAUUGGGGAGCGGAUGUUGCAAAGACGAGGAACAGUAAGAACCAGUUCGGACUGGUGUCGGGAUGACCACAGAGUUGAGUUCAAAAGCUCAAAGGUGCAUUGGAAUCAUCAUGACCAGCAAUGGAAAUUACGUUUUUCGCACGUGAAGGAUGCCAAGCAUACACUGAACGCCGUUUCGGCUUUUGACGAGCUCCUCCUCGGCAUAUACAGCCCGUCCGCGUUUUACUUAGUCCGGCAUGCUGGCAACUUUGCAAAAAUGAGUGCUGGCCAAGCAACUUGUUUCCGCGGAUGUGCAAUCGAAGUGUCAAGUCCCACAAAUGUUGAUGACAUGUCUGUAGCUCUGGACUGUUUGCUGACAAAGUUCCACUCAGCGGGUUGUCAGGUCCUUGCACGGGUGGAGUGGUGA